UCGCCGACCAAAUUAUUCGGCGAUGUCGCUGUACCUUGUGAGCGAAGGCCUCACGUGCUUUGGGCUCUUCUCAGGGGCGUACCAAUCCCUGAAGGUGCUGCACCGUCAGGAGCGGCACUCGCAAUGUCGUCAUGUGCUCAAGUUCUGGGCCGUGCUCGUGUCCAUCAUGCUUUUCGGGCAGUACAUGGAAGGGUUUGUCUCUUGGGUUCCGUUCUACUACUGGGUCAAAUGCAUCGUGGUGGGUGGAUUGCUUCUUCCCAAGGCAAAGCUGCAUGUAGUUGCCUUUGAAUCCGCCGUGGUGCCAGCCGUCGAAUCGCUUGAUGCGUUCUUUGCCCACAAGAUCAAGCCGGAACUCCUUCGACUGGCGGGGUUGCAUGGGCAAUGGCUGCAUGAAGCUGUUAUGCAUCUAGCGCUACCUUCUCUGUCGGACGCGGCGCUGGAUAAGCUCGAGAAAGACCUAUCCCAACGCCUCGCGGACAUCCAGGCAGCCAAGGAAUCCCGAUCAAUUUAGCCAAUAUUGCGUGAUCUAAUAAUAUAAGCAACGACGCUUCCUAACACGUUAUAUGUCGGUUUU